AUGCCAUCUUAUCAUGUACUUGCCAGGAAGAAAUUAGCCGGAGCUCGCCCUCGUCCAGCUGGACCGGGCCAGAACACCGAGCCGGGCAGCCAGCCGAUUGAGAUGGAAAACCAAGCGCCAGGAAACGAAGAUCCAGCCGAUACAGAGGAGACCGACCUGGCUUUCCCAAACGAUCUUUUUCAGGAACCCACUUCUUUCCGCCCGGCGUCUCCCGAGCCGACGAUCAUCGAACACACUUCCUCCGACGGAAGCUCGUUGAAAAUCAGACUGGUCGGCGCUCAUCCGCUAUGGGGUCAUGUCUUAUAUCCUGCCUCGAUCGUUUUAUCCCGCUACAUCCACCAGCAUUCCAAGCAAUUAUUCCCCGAUAACGUGUGCACUCGUGUUCUUGAACUGGGAGCUGGAGGCGGAUUACCCGGGUUAACUUGCGUACUAGCCGGUGCCAGUUUGGUUGUUACUACAGACUUCCCCAGACCCGGAUGUGAUAAGAAAUCUGGAAUGGAAUGCUGAUCAGAAUUUACCAGCGUCGAAAAGAGAUAGGCUGAUAGUUAAAGGACUCAAAUGGGGAGCCAAGCUUGCCGAAGGAAUCUCGCAGCAAGACCGCACAAUCUCGUCCGACGUCGGGGCUUCAUGUCCUGCCGCCGCAGCUUCAUCCACCAGCCCGGGUUUCGAUUUGAUACUGCUCUCGGAUUUAGUUUUCAAUCACUCUGAACACCAAUCACUCCUGACAACAUGCGAGCUCAGUCUCAACUCAGCAUCCCCCGGCACCGAUCGUCCGACUCCCUCUCUCCUGGUCUUUUACUCUCAUCACAGACCCUGGUGUGUUACGGCAGAUGAAGAAUUCUUUGUCAUCGCUCGUCAAAGGGGGUGGAUUUGUACCCGCAUCAUCGAGGAUAAGAACGCUGGUCUUGCCUUUCCUGCAGAUGCCGGUGAUGCGGAUAUCAGAGGUACCGUUCACGGUUGGAUACUGACUCGGCAAUAAUGAUGUCACCUCAGAUGUAAUAGACCCUUCCAAAUAGUUAUACAUGGACGGAUGAUGACGGAACCAUCGUUUUCCUGGAACAGACAGCAGAGUCAGCAGGAAAGAA